AUGCUCUCCCUUCCGCUCCUCGCACCACGCGACUCCCACGACCUUUGGUUCGGCCCCCGCACACCGCAACCGCACCUCACCGAACCGUCUCAAUCCUCGAACCCUACAUCCGCAGCGCACGUACACGCCCAAAACCGCCGGCAUGGAACAUCGCAAUACCGCGCCGGGACCACAGCCACGCACGCGGGCGGCAUUGGCGCCCCGAGCACCCUAAACCCGAGCGACACGCUCGCGUCGCUGGUCCUCGAGGAGCGGGCGCUGCGCGCACGCAAGAAUAACAUUGCAUCGUUUGGGUGCUCGUGGAUCAAGCCGGCAGGGUGUCCGAAGACGAUGCUGGGGAUGAAGGAAGAGGAGGCGGAGCGCGAGGAGGCGGCCGCGGCGGCCGAUGCGGAGUUUGCGGCUGCUGCUGCGGCCGCCGCCGCCGCGGCUGGGGGUGAAGGGAUGGAUGAGGAUGGGGAGGAGGGGGAGACGGGGAUGGAGAGGGAUUUAGAUGCGGAUAUUCCGGAUGCGGAAGAGGAGGUGGAGGGUGAUGAGGAGGGGCUUGUUGAGGAUGGGGAGGAAGGGUUGGAGGAGGAUGAGGCGGUUGAUGAGGAGGGGUAUAUGGAGCGGGAUCUCGACGAUGAUAUCCCCGAGGAAUUCGCGGAUUACGAUGAUGACGACGACGAGGAUUUCGAUAACCAGCCGGACUUGGACGACGAGGUUCCCAGUGCCGAUGAAGGGGUCGAGUACAUGAGCGAGCUGGAGCACGAAGAAGAAGAAGAAGAAGAACAGCGCGAUUUAGACGACGACAUCCCCGAAGCCGAGGAACCCGGCGAAGAAGAAGAGUGGCAGCACACCGACACAGACGCCGAAUUCGACGACGAGGAAGACGAAGUCAGCUUCACACAGCAUCCCUUUCGCACGAGCACGGCGAGCAGCAGUGCACGCGGUCUCCCACCGGUGCGCGAACGAGUACGCGAGACAGAAGCGCAGAGACGCUUCCUGCAGCGCUGGAGCGGAGGCGGCGAUGCCUUUGAUACGAGCACCAUGAGCGUGAGCAUGAUGGUCGACGAGUACGACCGCGAUCACCACAAUGACCAUGGACGAGCUCUCCGUGCGUCUCUGGCGAGCCAGACGAGCCGGCGGAGCUCCGGGGGCACCAGUGUCUUUGGACGGUUCCCGAGACGGCGAGGGCGGACGAUCCCGAGGGAUAGUCUCGAGUAUUAG